AUGAUGCUAUUAAAAUGCUGUAUCUGUUAUGAAGGAUUUUCAACAAUAAAGAAAAUCACUUCUGACUGCAAUCAUAAUGUUGACAUUUGUGCCGAUUGCAUCCUAGGACACAUUAAAGAAGAAUUGGAAUCUAAAGGUGUUGAUGCGCCACUACGGUGUCCAAAGCCUCGUUGUAAGGCUGAGCUAACUUACAAUGAUGUACAUAGACUAGCAUCAAAAGAGUUGUUCACUCGGUAUGAUAGGUUGUUAAUGAUAUCUGUCAUCCGCAAACUUCCCAAUUUUCGUUGGUGCAAAGCUCCAAAGUGUGGUUCCGGUCAGGAACAUACAACCGGAGAUGACUCACCUAUAGUUACGUGCAAGGCUUGUGGCGAGAAAUCUUGUUUCACUCACGAUGUUCCCUGGCAUAAAGACUUGACAUGUGGUGAAUUCGACGAAAUAUUAAGUACCCGAAGUAAUACGGCUACUCGUGCCUAUUAUGAGCGCCAUACAAAACAAUGUCCAAAAUGUGCAAGUCCCAUUGAGAAGAAUGAAGGAUGCGAUCACAUGACGUGUUAUUGUGGACAUGAAUUUUGCUGGCUGUAA